CUCUCCUCGACUGUGCACAACAACAAUGGCGGAAGUCGCUUCUUUCCUUUCCAGUUGAGUGGACUGACUGAAGACGAGCGUCUGUAGAGGCUGGCCAUGGAUGAAGAGUUGACACCUUUGGACUGCCUGCUGCCUUCAGGCACGCGGAGGAUCUGUUUGCUUAUUCUGAACCAGCCUCUGGAUAAGGAAUACCUCCACAUCUUAUGGAAUAAAGCUCUCCUGAGGGCGUGUGCUGAUGGAGCUGCCAAUCGACUUUAUGACGUUACAGAUGGAGACAGAGACAGCUUCCUCCCCGACUAUAUCAGUGGGGAUUUUGAUUCCAUUACUGCCGAGGUCAAAGCCUUCUAUGCAGACAAGGGGUGCAAGCUGAUAGAAACAGCUGACCAGGAUCUAACAGACUUCACCAAGUGUCUCGCAAUCAUGGUGGAGGAAAUUCAGAGACGACAGUUGCAGGUGGAUGCCAUAGUGACACUGGGAGGUCUGGCUGGCAGAUUCGACCAGAUAAUGGCCUGUGUGGAGACCCUGCACCACGCUCUGUCCAUGACUCCACUCCCCCUGCUGAUCAUCCAGGGGACCAGCCUGGCAUCCCUCCUCAGACCCGGCAGCCACAGACUGGAGGUGAACACCGGCCUGGAGGGGGACUGGUGCAGCCUCAUUCCAGUCGGAGGACCCUGCCAAACCACCACUACUGGGCUGAAAUGGAACCUGAAUGACCAGGUCCUGCAGUUUGGGAAGCUGGUGAGCACCUCCAACACCUACGAACCUGUUGCCCCUGGAAACCCCAGGAAGCCUGUAACCGUGACAACAGACCAGCCUCUGCUCUGGAGUAUGGGUAUAUGUAAGGAGGAGGAAUGACAACAGACAGGAAAUAUCCUAACUCUCAAAGAAUGAAGGAAAAAGUUGAAACGCUACUAUGUGGCCAAAAACCUGUUGAUUGAUAUCUGGUUAGCUUUGUUGGUUUAUAAGAACAUUCCAAACUAACCAAAGAAAGAUUUUUUAAUACCGUGUCUGCCAUCUCUGCCAAGGAUAUUUAAUAUUUUAACUGGUUUUAUGCAACACAUGGCUAUGAUUUUCACUGUGCAGGCUGAAAUUCAAAAGCCUAAAGAAUGUGCCUUUUUAAAUAAGUGCCACUGUUCCCACUUGUCUGCUAUGAAAAAUACUGUGUGCCUUGUGAUGACGAUUCAAUUGUAUUUCUGAAUGUCAGGCAAGGUUCAAACCAAACUGGUGUAAACAUGCUGUAGUGAUAUCAAGGCUAUUGAAAAAAGACUGUUGGAAAGCAUUCAGUUGUGGUUUCCAUAUUUUUUAUUUACACAUUGAAAUAUAAAUGUCGUGCACCGAAUGUAAAAAUGUCAUCCCUUCAGUCCCCGAUCACACACUAACACCUUGCAUUGCAUCGCCAUCUUCUGUCCCCAGGAGUUGAAGUUUGAGUUUGUUCUUGUCCAGGAUUUAACCUCCACUAGAGGGGAAACAAGAGAAAGGGUGUUAGUGAUGAGAGAAAGCUACAGGUACACAAACAAACAUGUCACUGUAAUAUUCAGUUUGAAAGAGCAAUGAAUAAAUAACAACUGCUCUGAGAAAGACAAUCAAUGCAAGUCUUGUGUACAUGAGCAGACCCACCUUGAUUCAUCGCUGCACUAACUAUUUCCUUUCAAAAACAGACAAUCCUACUUCUCGUAUGAUAUUGUAGAGACUUUUACAAGCCUUAAUUAAUGUUUUAACAUACUGCACAAAAUAAAAUCACGUGAGUUUUUCCCUUUGUGUUGGUUGGUCUAUUAUGCAAUAAAACAAAGUGUUUGUUCAAAAA